AUUUAGAUGAUGCAAUUCAUUAUAUUAAGUUUGUCCUUAGUACAAAUAAUCAAUGCAGCCUUCGCUCUAAUAGAUUGCGCCUCAUUAACUAAUGCAACCCUUUGCAUGUAGUCAGGAAAUUGUCAGGUAAGCAGCUUUGGAGCUACAAUUACUUGUUAACCUAUUACAGAUUGCUAUAGAGUUAGUGAAGUUUAAGCUUGCUUAUUAACUCCAGCAGCAAACUCAAUAUCUGGUUGUGUACCUUUGAACAUAGACUAUAAAUAUGAAAAUGUUUGUGUAAAAACAGGAGAAACCAGUGUUCCAAAUGGACUCCUUAGAUUUAGAAGAUAAGCAAAUAUAACUAGAUCACCAGAUAUAACAUUGUCAGAAACUCCAGUUUCAGUAUUGACAACUACAACUACUCCAUAAAAAUACACUUAUUAAUUAUUUACAUUAGACAUUCUUCUAGCAUCUCCUACUUAAUUGGCUGCUAUUUUAGAUGCAUUCAAUCAUGGAAUUAAUUAAUUGAUUACAGAUGCAGUAUAACCAAAAUUUUUGGAAAAGGCUGUCAUUGAAACUUUUUAAAAUAUUAGAGUAUAUAUAUUUUUAUUAAAUUUAGGAUGAUGUGACAUAUACACAAUCUACGAGAUCUACUUAAUUAGGCAAAGCUUGGGAUUUAGUUAAUAUUCUAUUCUAAAGGUAUUAAAACUAUAAAGCAUAUUAUGUUUAAAACUAUGAUUUUAUAAAUUUUGGAUUUUCAGAUUUAAAUAGAUAAAAACUUGUAAUAACAACAAAGACCUAUGAAAUUGAAUUAACAUGGGCAACUUAUGCUAACAAUGGAUAUAUAUAUGUUAUGACAUUGGCUCCAGAAUAAUUUGGAAUAAUUAGUAUAAAACAAUUAUCUGAUUUAAUUUGGAUUAAAAUAGUAAAAGAUGAUGGUACAACUUAAGACCUUACAGCUGUUCCUGUAUUUAUUAAAUAUACCUGGGUCAAUACUGCAACCGAAUACUCUGCUGUCUAUUCUUAAACAUUUAACAAAGUAUUUUCAUCAGCCUUUGCACCAGCUGCAAAUACAGCAGUUUCAGUAACCUGUGUUUAUCCAACUACAUCAACGACUUAUUGCCCUUCAUUUGCUGUUCCAGUUGCAGCAUUAGAUUAAUUAAUGAUAUUUCAUCAUGAUACAAUUCAAGAUUGCACAGCCCUUACAGGAAAUUAACCAUAUUUUAGAUUAGCAAGAUGUUGAUGAAGAAUAUAAAUAUCAAUAUCAGACAAAUAUUAUUUUAUAUUUUC